ACAGAGACAAUUUCGGUAUUUACAGAAGCGUCUGUCCCACAUGCGGCGGACUGGGAGUCCUCGGCACCCUCCUAAUCGCUCGUCCCGCAGAGAACACCACAAUGGCGCCUCUGUCGCGGUCUCUUUCGUCUCUGGUGAAACACACGGAGUGUCUGUGGAGAGUGGGUCUCUUCCGUAGCUUCAUACCCAACCACCCGUUCAGGUCUGGCUGGUGGAAGAGGAAUUUCAAGGCGGUCUCCUGCGGAGGAGCCGGUGUCCAGCCGCUGUUACAGCAGCGCGGAGCCAAAAACUGCGCAGCAUCUGUGAGCAGCAGCUCCUCGGAUGGUCAGGACACGACAGAGAGGCUGUGGUCCGUUUACAGUGAGACUAAAAGACAGACAGAGGUAAUAUCCACCAGCGCCGUUGAUCCCGACACCAUUUUUGCAAACAAUGAGAUGAGCCUACGAGACAUCGAGAUCUACGGCUUCGACUAUGACUACACCCUGGCCUUCUACUCCAGCCACCUCCACACACUCAUCUUUGACAUAGCGCGGGACAUUCUCAUCAACAACCACCGGUAUCCAGAGGAGUUGCGGAAGUAUGAAUAUAUUCCAGAUUUUGCAGUAAGAGGGCUGCACUACGAUGUCCAGAAGGCACUCCUGAUGAAGAUAGAUGCCUUUCAUUACAUCCAGCUGGGAACUGUUUACAGAGGUCUUCAUCCAAUGCCUGAUGAGGAAGUCAUUGCCAUGUAUGAAGGCUCCCAUGUUCCUCUUGAGAUUAUGAGUGACUUCUAUGGCAAGAGUACACACGGCCACACUAUGAAACAGUUCAUGGACAUAUUCUCGCUGCCGGAGAUGACGCUCCUCUCUUGUGUCAACGACUUCUUCAUGAGGCACAACAUCGAUUACGAGCCCGUCCAUCUCUACAAAGACGUAAAGGAAGCUAUCAGAGACGUCCAUGUCAAGGGCAUUAUGUAUCGAGCUGUGGAGGCGGAUAUCGGAAAAUACAUUUGCUAUGGUGAGCAAAGCCAUGCUGUGUUGAAGAAGCUGUCGGCGCACGGAAAGAAGAUGUUUCUCAUCACCAACAGCCCUUUUGAUUUUGUGGACCGUGGAAUGAGCUACAUUGUGGGAAGAGACUGGAGAGACUUGUUUGACGUCGUCAUUGUCCAGGCCGAUAAACCUAGCUUCUUCAACGACAGAAGAAAACCCUUCAGGCGAGUGACAGACAAAGGUGUGUUACUGUGGGACAGGAUUCACAGGCUGGAGAAAGGGGAGAUCUACAAGCAGGGAAACCUCUAUGAGUUCCUCAGACUCACUGGCUGGAGGGGAUCCAAAGUGCUUUACUUUGGAGAUCACAUUUACAGUGACUUGGCAGAUUUAACUCUGAAACACGGCUGGAGGACAGGCGCCAUCAUCCCUGAGCUGCGGAAGGAGAUAAAGAUCAUGAACACGCCGCAGUACGUCCACAUGAUGACCUGGUUGCAGGCUCUGACCGUACUGAUCGAACAGAUGCAGGUGCACCGGGAUCCAGCAACCCAAGCUGUCGUGGAGGAGUGGAUCAAAGAAAGAGAAGCCAUGAAGCCGCAGACGAAGGACAUCUUCAACGCUCAGUUCGGCAGCCUCUUCCGCACCUACCACAAUCCCACCUACUUCUCGCGCCGACUCUCCCGCUUCGCCGACAUCUACAUGGCCUCUAUCAGCUGCAUGCUCAACUAUGACCUCCAGCACACCUUUUUUCCUCGACGCACUCCUUUGCAGCACGAGGCGCCCUUUUGGCCGGAACAAAAUUCUUCUGGAUUUGGGGUCUCUUCUUCUUCUUCUUCUUCUUCUUCUUCUUCUUCUUCUUCUUCUUCUUCUUCCUCUCCUCCUUCUCCUCCUCUAACGCCUCAGGACCGAAGCAGAGUCUGAUCACACAGGGAAGUGUAAGAGUUGCACUCCUUCUCAUUGAAACGCCCAGAACCACAUUGAUGGCUUGACGGAGGAAGGUUUCUAUGAUGUUGUGCUGAAGGCGGAGUGUUGGAAAGAGCAGGAGCUUCUUAAAGAGACAGAGGCCCAAUUCUAAAAAUUCUAAUUUAUUUUAAGUCAUGUUUGAUAAAUACAGAUUUCUAAAAACAGCUGAAGGUAACAUGGCUACUUGGUUGAGCGAUAAAAUUUCCCUAUAAGCCUGGAGAAUACAUAGUGCUGUCAUUCAUGUCGUCCUUUGAGAUUAAAAAUUGUUUCCUAAUCCAGGGGAGACGUUGUGGGACAGUUUUGGUGGGUGAGGAGAAAGUUUUGCCCAGUCUUACUCUCUCUUUUGUUUUUCUGUGUUGCUCAUGAUCAGCCACACGUCCAUCUUUUCAGAAUAUGUGUUUUAAAUCAACUUAUGAUGGAGAAGCGAAUAUUUAUGUAAGCUUCACGUUUUCAAGAUUUUUAUUUUUAUUUUUAUUUUUUUUUGCUCUGACAUAUAUGCCCUUUAAAGUGUAACAGAAGUUCAAACUGUGGUUUGUGGUUUCUUUAAACAUGUUAUUUAUUUCAGUCCUUUCAGAUAAUUGUCUUAAUAGGCACUGGAUGUAUUACUUUUUAAGCCAAAUGCCUAUGUGUUUAUGUGUGUGUGUGUGUGUGUGUGUAGCUGAGAGUUGGUUAGAUUUAUUGAGUAGAAUAGAUGGAUUUUACCUAUCUUGAGCAAUAGGGGGCAGUCACACAUUGGGCUUAACAUGCAUUUGUGUUUCUGCCUUAUUGUCUCUUGCCUUCCCUGGUGAAAUGGGAGGUUUUACAUUGACAUUAUAUUCUUCAUUGCCUUAAUCUGUUGUUCACAUUACUGCAGGAUGUGUUGUUUUUAUAUUGGGCUGAAAUUAUGCUGUAUUUUGGUUCAUUUGAUUUUGUGCACGUUGACGUAUUAGGAUCUUUUUUUUAAUUAUUAUUUUUGUUGGUUUUGUCAUUUUACAUCAAAUUCAGCCUGUAUGUUUCAUUUUAGAUGAUUGGGAGUCGAAUAUUGUUGUGGAUGCUGCUGUUUCAUAAAAGAAUAAAUAAAAAAAUUGAAGCUAUGAGGAUUUUACGAGAAUAUGAAAAUUGGUUUUCUUUACAAAUCCUGACAUCAAAUCAUGCCAAGCACUGAUACAUCAUGUAAAAGGGAUUCAUGAAAUAAACCUUUGGUGACAAUAACCUUUGCGUCGUA